UUCCUGAGUGGAGCAGGAGGGAACAGAGGAGAAGCGGCAGCCAGUUUUGGUCAGUGAAUAUGUUCCUAAAAAAGUUAUCUCCGCUUAAAUUUUUGUGUUUUAGCGUUGGCUGUUGAUCAGACAUGGACUCCGGAGGACAACAAAUCGACUGCUUCGCUUCACCUCCCUGCAGCAGCUCGUCCUGUGUGAAAAUAUAUCUGUGCUCCAACCCAGAGGACAGUGUGGUGGAGCGGAGAGCUCUGAGAGAGACUGUGUUCCCCAGAUUCACAGAGCACUGCAGACACUCACUGGGACUGGAAGUCAGGGUGAUCGAUCCAUUUGAGUCCAGUGACCCCAGACGUUGGCCAGAUGAAAACACCAGACAGCAGCUGAUACAAGAAUGCAGAGAAAGCUCCGCUGGGCCUUUUUUACUGGCUCUGGUAGGACACCAGUAUGGCGCAGCCAGCCUGCCCACCCAGGUGGAGGUGUCAGAGUACCAGCUGCUGCUGCAGGAGAGCCAGCAGGCAGGAAUCAGCACCCAGGAGCUGGAGAGGGUUUACCAGAGAGACGAGAACACCGUCCCUGCCUCCUACUGUCUCAGACCUUCACACAGACACACCUGUUGUUCUACGCAGGCAGAGGUUAAAGAGGAAGAGCAGAGCAUAACAAAGGCUAAAGAUGCAGAGCUGAGGAAGGUGUUUCAGGCAGCUGUGAGUCUUUGUGUCCACAGUGACCUUAUGACCCCAGAGAGAGCCAGAAGCUACUACAGAUCAGCCCUCGAUGCAGAUCUGCGAUUUGCUCUGGACAAGCGUCCUGAUGAAGACAUCAUGAGACGUUGCUUGGUCUACGUCCACAAGGUCGUCAAUGCAAGAGGAGAAAGAGAAAAAAGGGAGAUGAGUUUACAGCCAAAAUCGGAGUCUGACUCCUCUGACCAGGUCGCUCUGAGGCCACCACCCACCAGUGACCAAUUACUGUCAGAGCUGUGUGACGUCUUCCUCCCUGGCCUCAUCACCUCCUCCAAACUUCUAGUCUACGCCACAACCACAGAGUGUGACCGUCGCCACGGUUACACAACAACCAGGAGGCGGGGCUAUGCGGAGGGUCUCUGCCAGCAGGUUUACUCUGACCUUGUGGGGCUGAUUGACGACUUGAACAUCUCAGAAGACUCUAACCUUGGCGAUGCUUUAUCCCGAGAGGAGGCUGAGCAGAAACAGCUCUGUGACAUCUUUGCUCGAUUUUAUGAUGUCACUCGGCCAGAGGAAGAAAAGGUCAGAGCCUAUGUGGAACAGAGGGAUCAACAGUGCCCACUAGUGGUGAUGGGAGGACCAUGCACAGGGAAGACAGUCCUGCUGGCACACUGCUCUCAGCACAUGAAGUCUUGGCUAUCAGACAGUGAUCCUGUGGUGAUUGGUUAUUUUUGCAACCUGUCAAUCAGUACUUCACCAAAGCAUCUGCUGUCCAGUCUGUGUUACCAGAUAGUUUACAGAUAUCACAAUGACGACUCCUCGAAGCGAGAUACAAGCUUCACCCUGAGAACUGAUCCUAGCUGUAUCACAAAUCCCAGAGCAGACAUUUCCAACUGUAGUCCAACACCUGUUCUGGAUUCUCCCCACAAACCCACCAAUGAUCAUAACCUAAACUGUGGAACAAUGUCCUGUUCAAAUGCGAGAGGAUUCAACAUCAUAAAGCCUGACGUUUGUCUGUCUGAACUUAAAGAAUGUCUCUCAUCCCUCUUCACCCUCCUGCCUUCUGCAAAACAACCUCUCAUUCUCCUCCUCGAUGGCUUGGAUCAACUUGAAAACAACUUCAGCCCUCAGAUCAUCGAGAGCCUCCCCUCCCCCCUCCCUCCAGGAGUCAAACUCAUCUGCACCGUUUCCUCCAACAGAAAGCAUCUCAUGCAAGCCAUAAAACUGCAUUACCCACAAGGCAGCGCACCUCAGUGUGUGGGAGGCAGCGGGGAGCAAUCAGGAUGUGUGUGUGUUCAGCUGGGAUCAGUGGACAGGAAACAGCGUGUGAAGAUGUUGGCGUCGCUGCUGAGAGGUUCAGGGCGGAGGGUGACUUCAGGACAACAAGCUCUGGUGAAUCAGGCGCUGACGUCCUGUUGUCUUCCUCUCUACACUCGACUCCUGCACGCACAUGCCUCGCUAUGGCAUUCUGAUUCAGAUGUGACUGAGUCGUCUCUCCCUGAUGGCGUUCAUUUAUCCAUUUCAGCUCUCCUGGAUCACCUCGAGCAGACACAUGGCUCUACCCUUGUGGCUCGUGCCGUUUCUUACCUCGCCCUCUCCAGAACCGGCCUCUCAGAAGCCGAACUCACAGAUCUUCUGUCCAGUAAUGAUGAAGUUCUGGCUGAGGACGUUUGUCACCGUGAAGACAUCCCACAAGUUGACAUGGAGAGGCUUCUUAUGAAGUUAAAGAGCUUUCUCAUCAAGAGGACAGUGGCAGAUUCACAGGUUUUGUACUGGGUGAGCCGGCAUUUCAAACUGGUUGUGGCUAAAAGGUAUUUAGGCUCUUUUGAGGUGAAGAGGAAGAUUCAUUCGGAGAUAGCGGACUACUUUAGUGGCCAGUUGGCGUGUGAUAAUGGUAAACCUCUUCUUGUAAACCAGAAAUCUAGACAAAAUAAGGCCUUGAAUGUAAACACAGACAGACAACCAACCAGUCAGCCUUUUGUCUUCCUUUCUUCCAAAGAUGUUGGUCGGGUGAACAUGAGGAAAGUCCUAGAACUACCAUAUCAUUUGGAACAAAGUGGCAGGUUGGAGGAGUUGGAGUGUGAUUUGUUGAUGUCACUAGGGUUUCAUCAGGCGAUGGUUCAAGCUGGUCUUUUAGGAGAUCUGGUUGCCAUGUUGGAGUCCGAUGAGGACUCGUCUCAGUUUCUAAGAGAAAGACUCCUCCUAGCAAGCAUAUUAAAGUCUUCUGCUUGCUUCCUGCAGAACUCACCUCUGCAGCUGCUCACGGUGAUGGAGACAAACCUCCUCCCUUAUCUGGAGGUCUUUCCUGCUCUUGAGUGUUAUGUCAAAGAGAUCAGAACUGAGAGGAGGUGCAGAGGAAGAGGAUUAGGAACAGCGCUUUGUCCUAGUCCCUCCUCUAUUCUACCUAUCCAGUAUUUACAGUGUGACAGAUUCAAUGAAGGCUGUGUUAUUGAAACUGCUGCUACAGAGUUCGGGAUUGUAGCUCAGAUAAUGGAUGAUGGUUCUGCUUGGAUUUUGAGCGGCUCUGGAUGUGAUAUGGUCAAACUGUCGCUGAGCUUUGAACAGGAAGAAGUGAAGUUUGCAGGAGUGAAAAGCAGCGGUCCAUUCCUCCUGCUUUCAACACAGUGCAACAAAUUGUUUGUGUGGGAUGUGACCGGCCCAGAAAUGUUAGUAGAGGUCAAAGCCCAUUUGAAAAAAGAGCUUGAGUGUAGCCAAACACCAAACAAAAUAGAGGGAUUUGCUGCCUGUCAGAAAAAGCUAUUUCUGUGGGGGAAAGAUGAGAGUUGUGUGAGUGUCUUUGACAUCUCCAGUGAGACCUUGACUCAUUUCCAGUGUCAGGGCUCUGUGACCUGUUUGGCUCUUUCCUCUGAUGGAUUUUUCAUGUACUGUGGGCAGGAUGAUGGCACAGUGUCUAUAUUUGACAUCAAAGCCAGCAAUCUGAUUGGCACCUGUUCAAACUCAAACCGCAGUGCAGUUACAUUGAUAAUCCUCUGUGAAGACAAGAGGGAAAUGGCAUGUGUUGACAGAAAUGGGAAUGUAUCCCUAUGGGAUGUUGCAGACAAAGUCCAACUCCCCAGACUUGUCAAAGAAAACUUUAAUCGGAGUGAAUCUAAUAACAUCCUCAGCACAGAUUAUUCAGAGGAAAUCAACACUCUCCUGGUGUGUCAAGGCCUAAAGGUUUCUCUAUGGGAUACAUCUAACUGGGAGCUGUGGGACCAAUUCUUGGCUCCAAAAGGGAGAGCCUUUACUCAAGCUGUGCUCUCCCAAGAUGGCCACCUUUUCCUGGCUUUGUUAGACACCUGCAGUCUUGUCUUGGUGUGGACCGUCAGCACUGGGGAGUGUGUUCUCUCCUUAGAAACAACCAAGCAACCCCAUACGCUCCUCAAAAUGGCCUCAGAUGUCAUUUGUGUCGAUCAUGACGGCUGCCUGACAGUGUGGGACUCUGAGAUGAUUGAUGUUGCAGGAACAGCUCUGAAAAUGGGGUGUGGAGUGAGAGAAGUGGUGGUAGAAGAAACAGGGGAAGGGUUCUACACUACAGAUGGUUCAGAGAAGGUGUGGAGAUGGAGUUUAAACACAGGACUUCCACGUGAUAACUUCCUCCAUGACGGCCCUGUGGAAAAACUGCAGCUUUCUUCGAAUAGCAUCUACCUUGUGUCACUCUCAGCAGGAGAAAUUUACGUUUGGAACACAGAAACAGGUGAGAAUAUUGUUCGCAUCAGCGGCAGCAGAGCUACGAAUAUCUUGAUCACCCCUAAUAGUAAAUUUGGAGUGAGCAUUUCCGAGCGAGGCCUCACCCGAGUUUGGAAGAUGGCACUUGGCAGCAUUGUUUGCAGCAUACACCUGUACUUAUCUGACGCCCAGGUGUCUCCUGAGAGCACGUAUCUCAUUGGCCGUCGCUAUGGAGACCUGCUGGCUGCCAGUCUGUGGUCGGGCUCCAUCAGCAAACGUUUCUCCUGUGUGGAAAGCUCGGAGCACGUUGUCGCCUUCCAAACACUUACAGAGCACCCAGACUUUGUGGUGGUGAUGGCCGCAUCAGGUGCAGUGUACACCUGGAAGGUAGCAGAGGAGACAGUUUGCAGGCACUUUCAGCUGCCGUAUACGUUUCACUGUCACCCACAAGACUUCCAAAUGUCCUCUGACGGGAGCUACGCACUCUUAUCCACUGAUAAUGGCACCAUCAACCUCUUAGAUUUAUCUCGGGUCAGAUUGUGCUCAUUCAAAGCUGAGGGUCCGAUCACUAAAGCCUGCUUGGACCAAACUGGAUGCUAUGCCGCUUACGUAUCCCACCCGUCCAGCCUGGAGAACAGCUGUACCUGUUCCAUGCACGCGAGGCCCAUCCUCACUGUGACACGACUUUCAGACGGGGAACGAAUAGGAAGUGUACGUCUGUCUAAGAAUCCGCUGACUCUGGUGGCAUGUGAGCGGCAGUGUGUGUUUGUGGGUUUUGAGGACGGGUCUGUAGGUGCGUACUCUGUUUCUGAUGACAUGAUCGAUGAGGAGGAGAUGUUCAGCAGCAGGGAAGGUUUAAAUGGUCAGAUGAAGCAGUGUCCCUUUGACAGAACACCAUUCAGCUGGUUUCCUCGAGCCACCCCCAAUAUUACCUGGCCUUAAAGGUCCCGUAUUAUACGCGUUUUUACCAAUUAAAAACAGCCUCAUGUGGCCACAUAAUGUGUCCUUUUCAGCUCAAAUUGAUAAAAAGAUAAUUCAUGUCACCAUGACUGUAUAACCACUGGUUCUAGUCCUGUUCUAAACAGUCUGUUUAGUGUCUGUAGCUUUAGAUACAACUGAGCUGAUGCUGUCCACGCCCCCUUCAGGAAGAAGACUCUCUCUGCAUCUCUGUUUGACAGCAUGGAGAAUAGAGUUGACCUCAUUGCAGCCAGUGAACAUGAAUGCAUGUGUGACGCCAGGACUUUCAGUCACUUUUGUCUUUCUUUCUAAGUCAUGAUUUCACACGGGAAUAUCACUAAAUUCACAGCACAGUUAUUGUUUUUAAGUCUUGUGCGUGGUGAGUUUGUCAGACAACAUUGUGGUUAUAAUAUCAGGACUUUAGACAUGCAGAGCAAAAGCUUGUGAUUCUCAAAGUGAAUCUGAAGUAACUGCUGGUCAAGGUGUUAUCUUAAUGGGCUGCAUUUCAGGAACUAAUUCAUACUCGUUCCAUUGUUUGACGGCAGAAACAAAAGACGUGUAUGAAAACAACUUUACUGGGAACUGGGCUGUUCACUAAGAAUUUUCCAGUAGUUGUGGUGACGCUGACAUCAAAGGUAAAUUAUUCAUUUGAUCUUCACUUCCUCAGAUGCUGGGAGUGUAUGAUGUCUAAAGUAAACAUACCUGUUAGACUGAGAGGCAGCUACACAUUAUGGCUGACUCACCUCAUAGCAAUGAGCAGGAUUAUGCUUUUUUUUUAUCUCAAGUGCUAAUGGUUCCUCAGUUCUUACUUAGAAACUGGACAAAACUCUUACUGGCUCGUGAAGCUGGGAAACCCUAGUUGUAGGGGGGCUAAAAUAAAUAUUCAUCUUCUUAUUCUUACAGCUUUUAUUCCAAGUUUUAAGAACAUACAAGCACAAUAAAAAUCAAUUUUCACCACAUGGAAUCUUUGAGAUUAUUAAAUGCUGUUGGACAUGGACUGUGCUUUCAAUACCCCACCCCACACACACACACACACAUAUAUACAUACAUACAUAUAUAUAUGUAUAUAUAUAUAUAUAUACAUACAUAUAUAUGUAUGUGUGUAUAUACACACGCACAUGCACUGUGUAUUUACUGUAUAUAUUGACUUAUAAAUAAAAACACUGCAUGUUUUACUGUGUUUUAUACUUAUAGUGAACACAGAACAGACUGUUUUAUAACCAAACAACACUUCUGUGUAUAACUGCACCAUCAUUUGUUUCACCAUCAAGUGUCACCUCAGGGCAAAUAAACUUUAUAAAGCAUCAGUCUGAGUUUCAUUUCUGUGAAAACAAAACAAGUAUUUGAUUGGCUUCUCACUUAUUUAUGCCGUGAAUGUUGCUCACACGGAGAGGAUUUUGGCACAUUUUUGUGAAACCAAAUGAUUUGCUAUGAUUGUCUUAUUUUUAUGUGUUGUCUGUAUUAAUUAAAACAAAUUUUUACAUUGA